CUGUGGUGCGCUUGAAAUAUUUGCGCGCAAAACGGUUAAACCUGACAAAGUUUCUGGAGAAGAAGCGCCAUCUGGUAUUGUGCCGUAUGAUGUUCGAAUUGGAAUAGCCAGUUCCUGCCUUGUAACACGUUUCUUUACUAAGAGCUUAAAGUACUGCGAGUUCAACUUGUUUAAAAUGAUUUAGAUAAGGUGACUGCAGUUCUGCCUUAAGUUUAUUGUCGCACACAUUAUAGACUCUGUUAGUCAAAACUAACCUUCUGGUCUAAUUCAGUCCAACCUGUUUCAGUAUGAAAAGCUGAUUUUAUAAUAUUCCUAAAAUUUGAUCAACUUUAUUUACUGCCGAUCUGAAUCAGACCAACAGUCCAUCCCGCUCAAAAAUAAAAAUAAUUCUUGUAAAGCAAACGAAUUUAAAAAGUGCUGCGGAUUUUAUCAACCGCGGUUAAUGAAUUGAUGUUGUUCUAUCAGUACCUACAUCAAGAAAUUUCAGUGCAAAGAGGUACCUUACAGGGGUGCUAAACGUAAGGACUGCAGGACCACCGCUAAGUACACGUUUCACGCUGUAUAACAACAUGCAUUCUUUCGUAGCAGCAUCCUUUCUUAGACGAUACGUGACAUUAGCCUCUGAACUGUGCAUAUAUAUAUGUAUAUAUAUAAAUGAUUUUCAUGAAAUAUCUGUUAUAACUGAGAUCGCAAUACAUUCAAAGUAGUUUUGAUAUUGAAUAGACCCUGAAAAUGAUUAAAACAGACUCCCUGGACAACUUAGCUUCUUCUCAAUUUAAGAAUUUGAAAAAGAUUGCGGCCUGCUCUAGUUUAUUAAUUAAAGCAGGCCGCAAUGUCUUAGUUAGAGUUUAGAGUUAGUAAAGUGAUUAAAAUCGGCCUUGAUGUUAUUAUUUUAAAAGCAAGCCUCCCGAUGGCCGAAAGCAUUUUCUUCUAGACGUAAGUUGUAUUACUGGCAACUGUCCAAUGCAUGUGUAAUUAAUAUACAUAAAAUUAUAGACCAAAUAAGAGUGAGGAUUAUUUUUUCCGUUAUUAUAUAUAGUUGACAUCCGAUUUUAUACUUGAGUAACGGCGCUUAUAUAAUAAUAUGCAUUCUAAUUUAUCGAAGUAAAAAGCCCUCUGACAAUUAAAUGUCAGACCUAAGACAAAAAAAAUGCCGUUUUCCUUUUUGAAAUUUUUUUUAUCAGCUGCGGCACUUCUCCAUUAUUGUCGGCAAUCGUUCAUUUCUACGACAAAUAUGUAUUACCAUAUCAUAUUGUAAUAUUUUCUCCUUAAUUAAUUAGUUAUCAUAGCUUAAUUUUGGCUCAACUGUCAGUGCUAUUACAAACGACAGUAGUUUUUGGCUCUUCUGCUGCUUGCUGUAAUAGCAGACAAAUUUUGUUUUUUUUUUUGUGAAUAGAAAACAGUUUACAUUUUUUAAAAAAAGUAUCAUUAAUUUUUAUUCACUAGAAAUAUAUGAGAUUAUCCUAUUGGUGAACCUGUCAAUUCGUCUGCGUGCGUAAAUUGUGAAUAUCAUUCAAAACGAAAUACAUGACCGAAGUAUUAGGCCACCUAAUAACACGUAUGACUAAUUUCUUGGAUGGUGACUGGUUGUUUGAGAUUGUUGUCUGCUGUUGGUUUAGAAUAUUAUCUCCUAAAAGCCGUUAUUCUGAUAUAAUGUCAAGAAAAAAAAUUUGAUGAGAACGCAAUAUGACGUGCUAUAAUCUUUACAUUUUGACACAAAAAGAGACCGAUCUCACCAACUUGCUGAGCAUUUAUUUGUAAAUUUUGUUUUUUGAUUCGUUUUUUAGGAGAAGAUGCAAUAUGUCUGAAUCAGUUUGUGAAGUGAGUACUGUCUAAGUAGCGUUGGAGUUCCACUAGAAAGAAAUGCGAACGGCCGUAAUUGCUAUACAAUGGCUUUUGCCAGAGCGCAUCACCAAACACCGUUAUUUCGCUCAGUUUAUUUUCUACCCUUCGCUUGCAUACAACAUUAUUAUGGCAAAAUUCACGAAUCGGCGAUGGUAUGAUCGCAUCGAUGACACAGUAAUUCUCGGGGCUUUGCCAUUUCCAUCCGUGACUAAGCAGCUUGUUGAAACUGAAAAUGUCAAGGGUGUAGUUAGCAUGAACAAAGACUUCGAACUCAAAUGGUUCACUCCAGGCGCUGAAGGGUGGAAUAAGCUUGGAGUAACGUUUCUCCAAUUGCCAACACAGGAUAUUUUUGCGGCACCGGAUGGAGACAAACUUCGAGAUGGAGUUGACUUCAUUAAGAAAAUACGUCAAUCAAAUCCCAAUGGAUCCGUCUAUGUACACUGCAAGGCAGGAAGAACACGCAGUGCGACGCUCGUUGGGUGUUACCUUAUGGAACGUCGUGGUUAUACUCCAGAAGAAUGUUUUCGCUUAAUGCAAAGUAAACGGAAGCAUGUUCUACUUGAUACGCCUCAAUGGAACGCAUUGCAUGCAUAUUUUGUACGGUACAUUAAGCCCAAGAAUUUUUAGGCAACCCGUCGUAGCUUCUCUCGCCUUGCAGUUUGCCAUUAAUUAUUUGCUAUGUGUAAUUUUGUGAAACUGUUGAAGUGAUGAAAAACUCUAGAAGUUUUUGUGAUACUUUUAAUACAGCAUAGCCAGUAUUUUAUGAUAUAAAGGUUAUUAAAGAAAUACGAAUGAUAUACUAAAUCCAGAUUUUGAACGAUAGAUUAGAACGUUUGCUUACUUGUGUAAUACUGUCUACAUUAUCUAAAUGGGAAAAAGUACAUUAACACAACGAUUUUGUGACAAGCGUAAAAUGGCAUUACUACAAGCAAGUACGCUGUGAUAUCAUCUAUUAGAGAAAGCAAGCCAUGUUUCGGUUAAGACAUUGACAUCGGUUUAAAAUCAUUCACGUUCCUUAUUAUGUAUUUUCAACAUCUUCUACCAGGUUAAAAGCGCAAUUGAAAAUAUCACUCACCGGCACGAGAAAAUAGUUCUAACUCUAGAUACUGUUAUACCUGUGGCAAUUUGCUGCUAUUAAGUUGAUGUCAAAAAGAAAUUGGUAGUCUUUCUUCUAAAAAAAAAUGAAUUAAACUGUUAUAAUGGCGAAGCCAGUUGUAACUGGAGUAAUUAAUAAAACAUGUACAUUUAUUUAUGUCAGUAGGAAAUGACUAACCUGUAUAUAGCAUAAUGCUUCUCUUAGUGAUAAAGCAGCAAAUUGUCCUGACACUCUUCGGCCAGAAACGAAGUACUUCAUAUAACGGCCGCCGUCAAAUGUGUUUCUAAGCUUCAAAAUUAUCUGCAUUGUGGGCGGGCAAACAUACCCAACUACCAUAAACAUGAAAAAAUGUUUCGUAUAA